AUGUUAUCCAACGACGCCAUGGAGGAUGAGAGGCGUCACUCCGGCCUUGAUAAACCAUCGAUCUCCAAAGUGGCUCGGAAGAAGUUCGCAAAGCCGCCGGUCAAAGUCGCCUGUCUCUCUUGUCGAGCAUCUAGAAUUCGAUGCGAUGGAAAGGAUCCAUGCUCCUGCUGCGCUCUCAAGGGCAAAGAAUGCUCCUAUCUGCCGAGCAAGCGAGGGGGCCCUCGGAAGAAGAGGGUUGACCCCCCUUCGUCUAUAGGCGAGAACAUGCAGAACAGGCUGUGGGCUACCGUCCAUCCGAUUCCCCGAAUAGACGAAGAAAUCUUCACCCAGGUGGACGACCUCGCCGUUCCUGGUGCCGGAUUAAGGCAUCUCGACUUCCCGGUCGACGUCCAGUCAAUGUUCGAGGGCCUCUUUGUACCUCCGAAUACGCAGCAGCAGCCCUCGGCCCACCCGCCAGCUAAUCAAGCCCAGGUUCCAGCUUCAGAGCCGCCGAGGGAAAAGUGUCUCAACCAUUUCUCUCCAGUGUUUACCACAUCUAACCAUGGAGAAUGCAGAUUAAACGCUUAUUAUAUUUAUAUUCACUACUACUUCCCAAUAUUCCCUCCGCCACAUACGCCAAUCACGGUUGACCGCCCCCUAAAUGCGCCAACCAAGGCCCCAGCUACAGCAUCUACAGACCCAUUGCUUCCUUACCGGCCCAAGUCCCCAGUUACUUUGGCCAUCUCAGCAAUAUUAGCCCUGAUACCUCAUCCGCGGGAUCCCAACUCGUUUGCGCCCGAAUCCGUACUCCUUCGAAGGUCUUAUGCCCACACUUUUGCCCGAGAAGCUGUUGCAAGCAUCGAAGCGGAAUCAGAUCUCCAUGAGUCCGGUACCAGUCCAUCGGAAGCCCUGGCGCAUAAUUCAACGAUUCCCGCUCGGUUGCCAGUUCAUCCGCUCACUCCAAUAGACCUGGAGGGUAUACUGGCGUUGCUUAUUUUAAGUAUAUACGAGUAUACUCAAAGGGGGAACUUGAUUAAAAUGCGACAUAGAGCUGGCCAGGCUUAUAUUAUGGCGAUGAACCUUUCGCUCCAUGCCAUUAGCCAUGACGAGAGCGCGUUUGCUGAGGCGAGGAGAAGGGCUUGGUGGAUGACUUUUUAUUGCGUUUGUCAAGGUGCAAUUGUAGGAACGAUGCCAGCAACAAUACUGACACAUGACCCUCGAUUUACUACACCAUAUCCACGAUUUGCAUCUGAUUCUAGGGCAUGGUCUAUUUUAAUUCAAGCACAGCAGGCGCUGGUCGCCGCCACGCAGUAUAUUAUUGAUCUUAAUCAAGCACUAAGGGCGAGAGCAAACCUGGCUAUCAUUUUCGAGAGGAUGGAAAAGCUCACUGCUUGGACUUCGUCUAUAUUGGCCCAAGCAGACGCACAACUUCAAGAACCCGCUACUUCACCUCAUGAUAUCGAAGGUGUCACGGCUCAAAGCAUUAGAUGCAUUUCCCGGAUUAAACUGUGCAGUGCACGAAUCAAAACACACCGAUUCCGAGCUUUUCUUGACAUACCGAUCUUCAUCAAGAAGCACUGCGAUCUAUCUUGCGCAAGCAUAGGCAGUCCGAGUAUGGAGAGCACGUCAAACAUCCCAGAAUACCAGGAUACGAUGAGACCAGUUCUCUGCUGUAGCAGUUCCUUCAACCAACUUCCAGGAGCCGCUCCACCCACCCAGCUCGAAAGCCCUAUAUCUUCCAGCUCGCCCAUAUCCGACUGUUCUGGAUCCCACUGGAUACCGGAAAACUCAUUUCCGUUCUCGAAUUAUACGUCAACCAGUAUAUGCUUAGACGCUGCUCUUACCAUUGCUCAAAUGUUCGACAGCUUACCUUAUCCGCGUCCAACUUACGACAAGGAAUACGCUUCUUUAGAGUAUACCGCCAUUGUUCCCCGAACAAUGCCGUCGUUCGCGUGCUGUGCAAUGCAAAGUAGUUAUGCAAUGCUCAUGCUUUAUUAUAAGUCCCGUGCAAUCAACCCAGAAAAUGUUGAAAGCCCACUGAGUGACCCAGACCAACUUAGUGAAGAACUACAGCAUGGGUUGGAAUGUGUCAUCGGUGCUGUACGGAAUUACUCAAUUGCAUUCGAGGCUCUAGAUGGAAUGAGAGAUGAAAUUGAGGUUGCCUUCCUCACUGCAUUUCCCCAAGAGUAA